ACAAAACAAAAAAAACCUAAACAAACACUCUGACGAAAAAAGCUGCGUACUACCUAACCACACUACUCUUCGCCGUUGCGUGAAUGGAGUCACUCUCACUUCCUUCUUCUUCUUAUUCUUCUUACUCUACUCUCUUCUCUUCACACCACACUCACUCUCUCACUAGACCUCAUCGACUCUCUGUUUCUCUCACCGCCGACAAGACCACCAUGAGAGGACCUCCGGCGAUCUCGUGUGUCGCAGAGCGGUCGAGCCAUCAGCCUCAGUCGCCGGAGAAGGAGACAAAGCUAUGGGGCGGUCGGUUCGAAGAGAGUGUGACUGACGCCGUGGAGAGGUUCACGGAGUCGAUUUCAUUUGACAAGCAACUGUACAAGCACGAUAUCAUGGGGAGUCGUGCUCAUGCCUCCAUGCUCGCUCAUCAGGGAUUAAUGAGCUGCAGUGAUAGAGAUAGUAUUCUACAAGGUCUAGAUGAGAUAGAGAGCCAAAUUGAAGGAGGGAAUUUUAAGUGGAGGACUGACAGAGAGGAUGUGCACAUGAACAUUGAAGCUGCACUUACAGAUUUGAUUGGCGAACCGGCAAAGAAACUUCAUACAGCUCGGAGUCGAAAUGAUCAAGUUUUGACUGAUUUUCGCUUGUGGUGUCGCGAUGCUAUUGAUGCAAUUCUUUCACGCAUUAAACACCUUCAGGUUGCACUGGUGACCUUGGCUGAGAAAAAUGAAGGCUUGAUAGUUCCAGGUUAUACGCAUUUACAGAGGGCACAGCCUGUUCUACUGCAACAUCUUCUCUUAGCAUUUGUUGAGCAGCUCGAACGUGAUGCUGGUCGUUUACUGGAUUGCAGAGUUAGGCUAAAUUUCUGCCCUCUAGGUGCAUGUGCAUUGGCAGGAACUGGCCUUCCCAUUGAUAGGUUUAUGACGUCUAAAGAUUUGGGAUUCACUGCUCCCAUGAGUAACAGCAUCGACGCAGUUUCAGAUCGGGAUUUUGUCUUGGAGUUUCUUUCGGCUAAUUCCAUCACGGCUAUUCAUCUUUCUCGGGUUGGCGAAGAAUGGGUAUUGUGGGCGUCAGAGGAAUUUGGAUUUCUAACUCCUAGUGAUAGAGUUUCAACCGGAAGUAGUAUAAUGCCUCAGAAGAAAAACCCAGAUCCAAUGGAACUUGUUCGUGGGAAGUCUGCUAGAGUUGUUGGAGACUUGGUUUCUCUUCUUGUUCUGUGCAAGGGACUUCCUCUCGCUUACAAUCGCGAUUUACAGGAAGACAAGGAACCUGUAUUUGACAGUGUCAAAACAGUCAUAGGAAUGCUGGAAGUGUCAGCAGAGUUCGCACAGAACAUUACCUUUAAUCGGGAGAGAAUAAAGGCGGCUUUACCAGCUGGUCAUCUCGAUGCCACUACACUCGCAGAUUAUCUGGUGAAAAAGGGAAUUCCUUUCAGAACCUCUCAUGAUAUAGUCGGAAGGUCCGUUGCAUUAUGUGUAUCUAAAAACUGCCAGCUGCAGGAUCUCAGUCUUGAGGAGUUGAGAAGUAUUAAUCCGGUGUUCGACAAGGAUGUAUAUGGGUUUCUUGGAGUAGAAAAUGCUAUCAAGAAAUUCUGCUCGUAUGGUUCCACAGGUGCAGAACAAGUUGCUAGUCAACUCCAGUACUGGAUUAAUAAGCUUAACCUCAACAGAGGGAAUGACCAGUAAUGAAUGGUGCGAUGGAGGGUUUUUGAGACAAGUGUGUGCUAUAGUUGAAGAUUUGGUUCGUGAAAAAAUGGAAAUAUAUAGCAAAAGAAUCCGAUCUUCACCUUUUAAAAAAUAAAGUUUUUCGGUCACAAUUGACAUCUUUACUAUGCAAUUGUUGUUGUAUGGAAGAGCUCGAGACAUUCAUGAAUUAGUGACUCUCUCUCUCUCUCUCUCCCCGGAUGUUUUUGUUUUUUGGUUUUGACCCUUUUUGAUUUUUGGUUGGAAGCAUUGGUAUAUGCAAUGAAAUAAAGAAUUAUUUUCGACAUUAUUAUUCAAAUUUUGUCUUAAACAACUUCGUGUUUGGAUUUCUGAGGACACUGUUUUGUAUAUUGCCCCUUUCUUCUUACAGAUUUUCGAAUCUGUUAGAUUUUCUUUCGCCUCA